AUGAAACAUAUUCGACGCCUUUGGCCGAGAUCUCGACCACAUGGCGAACAGUCAGCAACAGCCGAUAAUCAACAGGAAAUGCCAGAUGAACAUUCAGCAUCAUUCUUAAAAUUAACGAAAUUAUUAUGUUCAGCUCUAAUUCCAAUAAUGAUUGCUGUUUUUACAAUUGUUGUAACCCUACAAGAACGUGAUCUGGCGAAUCGUCAACGUGAUUAUGAUGAACGUCAAGCCGACAAUGAACAACAAGAAGAUAUAUUUAAAAUAUACAUUCAAGACAUAUCAAAAGUGUUACAAACACAGCCAGAUAAUCGGGGUAUAUCCACACAAAAUCUAUUAUUUAUUCGCACACAAACUCUUACAGCUCUACGUAAAUUAGAUUCUAAACGUCGUACAUAUGUUUUUCUAUUUCUCUAUGAAAGUAAAUUGAUACAAUCACCAACAAAAUUAGAUUUAACUGGUGCUGAUUUUACAAAUAUUCAUUGUGAUGGUAUAACGAAAAAUACAUUAAAAGACUUACAUUUACCUGGUGUUGACUUGUCUCAUUCAUGUUUCAUUAAUUGUUAUAUCGAUGGUACAAAUUUUGCUGACUCAAUAAUGUUGGAUAUUAAAUUUACCAAUUCUGUUAUUAUUUUGACAACAUUUAAAAGUUGUUUAAUGGAUCGAGCAGAUUUUAGAAAUGGAAAAAUGUUUUACAAUACAUUUAAUAGUGCAUCAUUAGCCUAUAGCGAUUUUUCAAAUAUUAUUGAUAUAAAAGAAAAUAAUUUUACAAAUGUUAAUUUAACUGGAACUAAAGUAACAUAUAAAAACUUACUUUAUGAGAAUAAUACAUUUCAUAAUUCAAUUAUGCCUAAUGGAACAUAUGGACCUAUACAGCAGAAGAAUUUAGUUGUUAAUGGAGAUGCAGAAACAAAUGUAAGUUUCGAAACUAUUGUCUAUGGAAUUCUUUCAAAGGAAAUAUGCGCUUCGACUGUAAAUCGAGUCUAG